AUUCCUUCUCACACCCACACCUCGCUAAGUCUCCGUCUCGUCUUCGAUGGCCAGCAUCCUCGCGCAAAGCCUACUUCGCCGCUCUCCUCUCAGAUCCGCUCCCUUCAGGGCCCUAUCUGUGACCUGUUCUUGGGCCCACCGUUCCUUCUCCAGCGGACAGGCUCAACUGAUCGAGAUCGACCUGGACCACACCUCUUCCAGCUCAUCCUCUUCCUCGUCUUCUUCUUUUUCGGACGAUGACGGUGAAUUCGGGGCCUUGGCGAUGAAGAAGCUAGACGAAUUGAUCCACCGGAUCAUCGUGCAGAAGUCGACCCCGGAUUGGCUGCCGUUUGUUCCGGGUUCCUCCUUCUGGGUCCCCCCGCGGCCUGGGACCUCUAAGGUGCUCGAUUUGGUCGGAAAGCUUGCCGACCAGCUCAACCAGGAGGAGUCCCUCUCCCUCACCUCCUCGCGUGGCUGGCCCUGCUCUUCUUUCUUCCUAGACGGUAGUGUAGCUGCUGAUUCAAUAAAGGUGGAGUUGGAGGACAAGGGUUCAGCAGAGGUGGAGGAGGUAAAGGUGAAGGUUCUGAAAAAUUCAGCAGACAAAAGGGGAUCUGAGGAUGAGGAAGGAUAAACAGCACAUCCCUUGACAGAAUGGUGACUGUGUUAUUGUAUGGCUGGGAAAAUAAAAAAACAAAAAUCGAAAUGGUAAUCACAGUUAUUGUGAUUGGAACUUGCAGGCUUGCUAACCAUUGUAGAAAGAGCAGAAAGGAGCAGCUGGGCUUGCAUAAGGCUAGCAAGUAAUAUGGAAGAAGGUUGUGCAGGUGUAAUUAUGGCAGUUUUGGGGUAGGGGUUUUGCUCUUUUGCUCCUCCGAUUGUCAAACCCCAUCUACCUCAUGCAUUGCUACAAAAGUAAUUACUUGUCUGCUGUUUAUAUUUCUGUCAACAACUAAGUCGAUGCAUCUUUUAAAAUUCAUAAGAUGGUUUUU